CGUGAUGUUGACUAAUCAGACAACAAUUUGGCACUCCAGAAGGAUUAUUUGUGUGUGUGUGUGUGUUUUCUUUGCAGUCCGGUGACUUUGAAGAAGAAGUCUCAACAAGUAUUUGCAAGCAUCUUGUUGACCAUGUAGACCAGAAUAAAUUUGAAUUUCCGUAACGAAGGCAUUGACGACACUAGCCAGUGGACUGAAAGCUAAAUUUGACAUAUGUGAACCGUUCUGAUUAUGUGGAAACAAUCCUUAACAGCAGCUUUCCUGUCGUUAGGGAACUUCUAAUCAACAUCAGUCUACUUCCAAAUUCUUCCUAGACAAGUUGGUAUCAUUCCCUUGGACUACGGUUCUGUGCUAAUAUUUUAAGAUGCAAGAAAAUAUCAGAAACUGAAAUUCAUCAGGUAGGUAGAAACGCAAGAAAUAGAGAUGAUUCUUCAAGAUGUUUCAUCUCUUGACAGACAGGCAGUUCGAUUGUGAAGGUUUGGGCCUAUAAAAACAUCAAAUAUCAAACUGUAAGGCGAGCCAGUGAGGGUAUUCCCGGUAUUUCAAGCAAAGCAGAACCCUCAAAAAACACGAAUCUGAACCGUCUAUUAGAAAACAAUCUAACGGCGAUAUACAUCGAUCCGCGUACUCUCUUCCCAUUGGUUCACCAUCGUCAAGCGGAAUAUACAACUAGUAUAUAAAGUAAACUGCAGAGAAGAAGAUCCAAACACAUAGAAAACCAAUUCGUUUAUCCUUUUCGCACAAAUCAAUCAAUUCCAAUUCCAAUGGCGGGUCGUGGCAAAACUCUCGGAUCGGGCGCCGUGAAGAAGGCAACAUCGAGAAGCAGCAAAGCCGGUCUCCAGUUCCCCGUGGGUCGUAUCGCCCGUUUCCUGAAGAAAGGCAAGUACGCCGAGCGUGUCGGCGCCGGAGCUCCCGUCUACUUAUCCGCCGUUCUCGAAUACCUCGCCGCCGAGGUAUUGGAGUUGGCUGGAAACGCGGCGAGGGACAACAAGAAGACGAGGAUUGUGCCGAGGCACAUCCAGCUGGCGGUGAGGAACGAUGAGGAGCUGAGUAAAUUGCUGGGAGAUGUGACGAUUGCAAACGGAGGAGUGAUGCCCAAUAUUCACAACCUUCUUCUUCCUAAGAAGGCUGGCGCUUCAUCCAAGCCAUCUGAGGACGACGAUUGAUUCAUUCAUUGAUCCGAUCCGCUUGUUGUUUCUUUUUUUUUUGUUUCUGAAUCAGAGUCUCUGUAACGGGUUUUCAAUUGAUUGUUCAUAUGCUUUCAGUUUCGGAUGAUAAUUAAUCAAAAGUUUCAGACGGUUCCUUUC